GGCUUAUUUCGACACAGCACGCGGUGUCGUGGGACAGCUGUAGCCACGUCGAGAUUAAGAUAAACUGUAAGGAAAAAUCUUUACGCUUUUAUUUCACUGAGGAGUACUGUGUUGGAGCAUGGAGCCUAUAUGUGCCUCAGGAGUAGCUGCUCGACUCAGGAGCGAAUGGGACCGCAGUGAAGGUCUUGGUCAAAACCACAAGGCUCUGAAGUUCCUAGGUCAGGACUUUGAGUGUCUGCGUGACAGCUGCCUGCAGAGCAGCUGUUUAUUUGAGGAUGAGACAUUCCCUGCUCAUCCCUCCUCGUUAGGAUUUAAGGAUCUGGCUCCGGGUGCUGCCAAAACCAGUGGAGUCUGCUGGAAGAGACCGACGGAGUUCUGUACUGACCCACACUUUAUCGUAGAUGGAGCUACUCGCACAGACAUAUGCCAAGGAGCUCUAGGUGACUGUUGGCUGCUGGCUGCCAUUGCGUGUCUUACACUGAACGAGCCUUUGCUGCAUCGCGUGGUGCCACAUGGCCAGAGCUUUCACAAGCUAUAUGCUGGAAUCUUUCACUUCCAGUUUUGGCAGUAUGGGGACUGGGUGGAUGUGGUGGUAGAUGACCGGCUGCCGGUGAGAGAUGGAAAGCUCCUGUUUGUCCACUCAGCUGAAGGGGCAGAGUUCUGGAGUGCCCUUGUGGAAAAGGCAUAUGCCAAGUUAAAUGGUUGUUAUGAGGCACUUUCUGGAGGCUGCACCUCUGAGGGGUUUGAGGAUUUCACUGGUGGGGUUACAGAAAUGUAUGAGCUGAAGAAAGCUCCACCUAACUUCUUCAGCAUCAUCAGGAGAGCUGUGGAAAGAGGAUCUCUAAUCGGCUGUUCCAUAGAUAUUACAAGUUUCUUUGACAUGGAGGCAAUCACCUUCAAAAAGUUGGUGAAAGGCCAUGCUUAUUCUGUUACCGGAGUUGAGGAGGUGGAGUAUAGGGGAAACCUGACAAAGCUGCUUCGCAUUCGGAACCCCUGGGGAGAGGUGGAGUGGACCGGAGCCUGGAGUGACAACUCGAAGGAGUGGAGUGGUAUUGACCCUUCCAUAAGGUCGCGUCUGCAUAAUCGCUGGGAGGACGGAGAGUUCUGGAUGUCAUUCAGUGAUUUCAUGAAGGAAUUCAGCAGGCUGGAGAUCUGUAAUCUGACAGCAGAUGCGCUGCAGACCAGCGAGUUGAAGAAAUGGAAUUCAGCCCUCUACCCUGGAGAGUGGAGGAGAGGCAGUACGGCUGGGGGCUGCAGGAACUACCCAGCAACAUUCUGGAUCAACCCCCAGUAUAAACUUGUGUUGAAAGACCCGGACACUGAGGGUCAGGAUGGCUGCAGUUUCCUGGUGGCACUGAUGCAGAAGAAUCGGCGACAGUUGCGCCAAGAAGGCAAAGACAUGGAAACAAUUGGAUUUGCUGUUUAUGAGGUUCCUGAAGAGUAUCUGGGCAGGGUGGGCGUGCAUUUGAAGCGUGACUUCUUCAUCACACACACAUCCAGUGCUCGCUCCGAGCUCUUCAUCAACUUGCGGGAAGUAAGCUCACGCUUCUGCCUGCCCCCGGGAGAGUACAUCAUCAUCCCUUCCACCUUUGAGCCCCAGAAAGAGGGAGACUUUGUGCUGAGGGUCUUCUCUGAGAAAGCCGCUGACUCUCAGGAGCUAGACGAAGAGCUGACUGCUGACCUACCAGAGGAGCCUGUGCCACAGGAGAGUGAAAUUGAUGAAGGCUUCAAGGCCCUUUUCUCCAAACUCGCUGGGAAGGACAUGGAGAUCGAUGUACCAAAGCUGCAAACAAUUUUGAACCGUGUCAUAAGCAAACACAAGGAUCUAAAAACUGCUGGUUUUGGCAAGGAGGUUUGCAGAAGCAUGAUCAACCUAUUGGAUACAACUGGCACCGGAAGGCUGGGUUUAUUAGAUUUUCAUGUGCUUUGGGAGAAGAUUAAGCGAUAUCUUACUGUGUUUAGAAAAUUUGACUUGGACAAGUCUGGCACCAUGAGCUCCUAUGAAAUGCGGCUGGCACUGGAAUCUGCAGGCUUCAAGAUGACUAAUCACCUGUUCCAGUUAAUAAUCCUCCGUUAUGCUAAAUCAGACCUGAAUGUGGACUUUGAUAACUUCGUGGCCUGUUUGAUCCGUCUGGAGUGCAUGUUCAGAACAUUUAAAACCAUGGAUACGGAUGUAGACGGUGUGGUGUCCUUCAGCUUCAGUCAGUGGAUCUCCCUUACCAUGUUUAUCUAGAUGGAAGUCUUUUCUUCGCUGCACUGAAAUCCUUCCUUGUUCUUUUCUUCUAUACCAAGUGCCUUUUCUGUUCCCUCGCUCUCCUUCUGUUCUAUAUUUACCAAAGACAGGCUGCUAUCAAUUGAACAUUCAGUAUAGAGUGCCUUUCAUUAUUAUUUAUAGGUUUGGGACUUUUAAUCCAAUGUGUAAUAUUAAAGCCUGGUGCAUGUAGCAAUAAAGGCUAAAAUACUGGACUUGAAAUUAUUUUUUGCCUCCUAUGCAUUUUUAGCAAAUGCCUGUAUUCAUGUUAUUGCAACUAUUCCCCUAAAUUAAUAAAACAAGUAAGCUGAUGUCUGAUUCAGAAUGUC